CACGGUAUUAUAAACUGUUUGCACGGAUUCAUAAUCCGUGCCCUCGUUUUUAUAAACUGUGCGCACGGAUUUGCAAUCUGUGCGCACGGUUUUGCAAACGUGCCCACAUAAUCCGUGCCCUCGGUUUUCUUAUCUGUGCGCACGGUUUUGCAAUCUGUGCGUACAAAUUUGUAAACGUGCCCACGUAAACGCGCAAAAAUGUUUAACAUUCCAGAGAAGAAGACGGCACGGGUAGCCUACUUUCAGCUGCGUCUCCAUCCGACAAAAUGGACCAGAGUUUCCACAAGUUCCUUCGAGAACAGCGGAGGUUAAAUGAGACAGUUGUCACCACCUUUAUCAACGAGAAGAUUGACUGCUAUGCUGUCCAUGGGAUGACAGAUGACCAGUUGAUGAAAUAUGUCCCCAAGAUUGGAGACCGGAUAGCUAUUCGGCAGUACUGCAGAACAGAAGUGGCUGCACUGGAAGGAACCACCACAACAAUUUCUAAGGCUACAGAAAGCCUGAUGAAAAAAAUAAAAGAAAGGCGGGCCUCCAAGAGAAGUCAUGAGGAUGAACGUUCAGAAAAAUUGUCUGGAAACUCCAAUGCUUUAAAAAGGGAGCGUGUUUUUCAAAUGGGGUUGUUUGAAGAAGUUGGGGCCAAAAACAUACAGGUAAAAGAGAGAAGGGGAGGAGGGACCAGGCAUUUGAAGGCUUUAAAGACCACCACAAUGGCACAGCUGAUGGACAUUGGCAAAGAACUCUUUUUUCCAAACGGAAAAAGUAAAAUUGGGAAUGUCAAUGACUUUGAAUUCUGCAUACGAGAUUUUACUGAAGAUGAGCUGGCUCCAUUGACCACCCUAGGUGAGCAAUAUGAGAAGAGGAAAGUUAAAAUGUUGAGACUGUAUCUAUCAUGCAAAAAGAUUGAUGCAGAAGAAAAACUGAAUGAUGCUACCUCACCUGGUGAAUCACAAAAUGCAGUGCCCCUCACAAGAAAAUUACCCUGUGCAGCUGCUGCUUCUUAUGGAGCUGCUUCAACUACAGCAACAACCUGUGGAUCUGAUUUCACAACUGGAACUCCCAGAACAAAGGCUAGCACAUGUGAACCUUCAAAUACAGUAACUUUACUCUCAACAGAGACGGACAUUUUGAAGAGGAUGAUUUGA